GAUCACACUCUUGUGGGCCGUCCCGAUGCGCCCACCCAGCAAGAUAUCCAGCUCAGUGGGCUGGGUAUCCAUCCGGAGCAUGCCAUCGUGGAUAUGGAUAACAACGAGGUGUAUAUUACCCCGCUGGAUGGCGCCAGGACGUGCAUCAACGGGUCGGUGAUUCGAGAAAAGCAUCGAGUUCGCCACGGUGACCGCAUCCUCUGGGGCAACAAUCACUUCUUCAGGCUCAACUGCCCACGCUUGGCUAACAGUCCCAGCAGCGCUGAGCCGGAGCAGAAGAUUGACUACGACUUCGCCCAGCAGGAGUUGAUGGAGAACGAGCUGCUGAACGAUCCCAUCCAGGAGGCCAUCGGUGCAAUAGAGAAGCAGCACGAAGAGGACAAACAGGAGGCCCUCGAGAAGCAACGACAAAUGUACGAACGUCAGAUGCAGAUGUUGCGGAACCAGCUGAUGUCUCCAGGCACGCCGUCCUUCCCGCUGCAGCUCUUCGACGCCAGCAAGCUGACCCCGACUGGCUCACAGAACAGCAUCCAGAAGAAGUACCAGCAGUGGGCGCAGGACAGAGAAAUGAUGUUCAAACAAAGCCUGGUCAAGCUGCGAGAGGAGGUGGUCAAGGCAAAUGCCCUGGUCAGAGAGGCCAACACCCUGGCCCAGGAGAUGGGCAAGCUGACCGAGUUUCAUGUCACCCUGCAGAUCCCAGCUUCGAACCUCAGCCCAAACAGAAAGAGGGGUGCUUUUGUUAGCGAACCAGCCAUCCUGGUCAAACGGAAGAACCGCAGCAGCCAGAUCUGGUCCCUGGAGAAGCUGGAGAAUAAAGUCAUUGACAUGCGGGAGAUGUACGAAGACCGCAAGGCCAGCGGGGGCCCCAUGAUGGACCUAGGCCCACCAAUGGUAGGCGACCCUUUCUACGAGUCCCAGGAGAACCACAAUCUGAUUGGAGUGGCCAACAUCUUCCUGGAGUGUCUGUUUCAUGACGUGAAGCUGGAUUACCACGUUCCGAUCAUCAGUCAGCAAGGAGAGGUGGCUGGCAAGCUACACAUUGAGAUCUCCAAGCUCGGCGGAGCUGUGCUGGAUCGAUACGUGGAUAUGGCCGCAGACAAUGAGUAUGACAAUUCUGUGCCCAUGGGUGCCCCACUGCUGAUUCGGGUCUGCAUAAAGGAAGCUCGCGGGCUACCCUUGGCUCUGUCCAAUUUUGUGUUCUGCCAGUAUUCCUUCUGGGGAGAGUCCGAGGGGUGUGUGGUUCCCCCAGAGAUCAACCCAGACUCCGUGUCUCGCAAGGAUGACCACACGGUGAACUUUGUUUUCAACCAUGAGAAGCAUUUCCGAGUUCCUAUCACAGAAGAGUUCAUAGAGCACUGCUCUGAUGGAGCCCUGUCGAUUGAGGUCUGGGGACACAGAAGUCAAGGCUUUGGGAAAGAGUUGGUGAUGAAUGAUGCAGCCCAAAUCAAAUCCAGAUCUGUAGCAGACAGAUGGAAUGAGGUGAUGAGAAAGAUUGAAUUCUGGGCAGAGAUUCAUGAGUUGAAUGAUCAAGGGGACUACGCUCCAGUUGAGGUGGCACCCAAACAAGAUGUUCCUUGUGCUGGAGUUGUGCAGCUUAGACAG